UGUUUCCUUUUUUUGUUUUUUCAAUAAGAAUUAGGACAAUCAAUAAACAAGUAUAUGCAUAUAAACUACUACAUACUAACAUACAUGCAAAAGCUUUAGUCUUGAAUUCUUGGUGCAUUGUCUAAUUUGUCAAUAACACACACCCAGAUAUGCAUGCAUGUUUAUUAACAAACUAAUCCAAAUGUAUCACAGGUGAAAAAAAAAAAGAAAGGGAAAGGGAUUGCCAAAAAUGGCCUUUCACCAUUACCAUCAUCUUCUCAUAUUUUCAACCAUAAUCCUAUUAUCCCAAGCACAACUAUCAGCAAGCUGGUUAUUUUCCUCCAAACAAGAAACUCACACGGGCACGAAAAACACGAUGAUCUCUGAAUUCUCCAUGGAAGCUCUCCACGACCCGAAGGGCGUCCAGCUCAUCGAUAACGCCAGGACAAAAAUGAAAGCUCCAGAUUCGUGCUGGCAAGCCGCAUACCAAAACGUGUUCGAAAGUUGCUCGAAAAUCCUUGCAGACCAAGAAUUGCGGGCCCGCCUGGCCUGGCAUCUUAGCGACUGCUUCCAACGCCACACGGGCAGGCCCGGUUUUUCUUACUGUGACCCCAAAUCAGUCAUGAAGAAAUGUUUGACAAAUCUUGAUACAGACGAGCACAAAAUCUUUCUCGAGUACUUUCUCGAGACCAACUCCAUUUGCCACCAGCUGCAGUAAGUCUUUCUCUGUCUUUCUCAGAUUCUUUUCGAAAGAGAGGAACAUGUUAGGUACAAAAAAUUGUGAGGAGAAUUUGUAAUUAAGAAAGUUAUAAAUCAUAAUGCAUCAUAUGUUCUGUGAAUUGAUUUUUAGGUCGGAUGCAUUUAAGCGUCAGACAGAGAGACUGGUAAAUGAACUAAAGAAUACGGCUGAAUAUGCGGAGGUCAAAUUGGAGAAGAUUGAAGAACAAGGGGAGGUCCUACUCAAGAACUCGAAACACGUGCAUGAAUCAUUGGCCUCGAUAGAUUUACAAACUCAGCAAGUUGCAAAGACAUCGAGGAUGGUCGAGGAUCGUGUUAGCUCGGUUUUGAAAUAUUCCGAGAAAAUUCACGAGCAGUCUAAGGGGAUCGAGGAGUCUCAAGUCGAGCUGAGGGAAGGCCAGGUGAAAAUGAAGGAAAGUUUGGUAGAAGGCAUGGUGCUUCUCGAGAAUUCAUAUAGAAGUUUGGGGGUGGAAAUAGUAAAUAUGAGAAAUGAGGCGGUUGAAAUCGAGAAGGAGAUUGGGAAAGUUGGGGAUGCUAUGUCUUUGAAGAUGAGCGUUUUGCAGAGCAAGGCAGAUGAUAUUGGGGAUAUUGCAGGGACAUCCUUGGACAAACAAAAGCAGCUUUUGGAUGGGCAGUCAGUUGCUCUUGAGGGCCUCAAUUUUCUCACCAAGUUUCAGUCCCAGGCCCUUGAAGAGAGCAGGGAAACUCUGCAGAGGUUAGCUGAAUUUGGUCAUAAACAGCAAGAGGAACUACUGCAAAAGCAAAAACAACUCCAUCAGUCUCACGAUCAGUUAGUGGAGAACUCAAAACUAAUAAUAGCAGCACAGGAAGCAUUUGAAUCCAAGCAAGCAAGCAUGUUUCUUGCCGUAGACAAGCUAUUUUCCCUACACAGUGCCAUGCUAUUUGAGUCUCGUGUGAUCACCACUUUUUUUAUAUACUCUAUCGCAAUUUUUAUCAUCUACAUGCUGACCAGCAUAAAGCAAGCGUACAACGUGAGACACCGACUCUACUUAGGUAAAGACUUUAUGUCACGGCCUCAAAAUUUCCGUCUACAUUUCUCAAAGCUCCCCUUAACAUUGUAGUUUUUAUCCAUUGCUAGUGGAAUUUCUCUCGCAGGUCUGUGUGUGGCAUUUUUUAUUGAAGUAAUUAUACUGUGGUAUAUAACAACCGAAGCUGAAAGGCAAGGGAGGAUAAUUCAUGCCAUUAGAUCACUCUUUUGGUUUCUUGCGUCCGUCCAAUAUAUGUACGCCAUUUUUACCUACAGAUGGUUUCUCGCGAACAAAACCGCUAUCUCCAACAUUCACGGCAAGAGCAGUUUCCCUUUCAAAAUUAUGAAGAAGGUUUGUGUCUCUCCGGAUAAUCUUUCUCCAAAUCCAUCUCAACAUGUGUUACCCGGUUCUUUGUAUUUCUGAUCGACAAUCCAUUUCUCGUAUAAAUUGAGGUAAUACCGCCAAAAGCCUCUCACUGUGCCCACAGACAAACUAGACCCUCAUUUCCUAAUGUGAACACCACAUUCUCCCUCUGCAGUUUCCUGAUAGUUUCAAAGGCCUUGGUCUCUCAUAAAGACCCCACCCCUGAUCGGGAUUCUCGCUCGCCUUUCACAAUCCGUCCAUGCGCAGCUCUACCGUUCCACAAAUCCAAUGCUGCCGAGCAAGCCUUUAGCGCAAAAUUCCCAGGCUCAAAACCCCUCGACACCACCUAACAGUAGAUGGACAUGUACUCUCGGAAACUGCCGUUUUUCGAGAACCCAAUAUCCAUGGACACAUAGAUCGACAAGGAACCCGGCCCGCGUCCUCAACCCGACGCCGGAAGCCCAACGGCUUUUGCCCAGCUGGCCGGAGGCAGCGAAUAGAGUUAAGAACUUGGAUUUUAAGGCGGGGCUGCAGAUGAGAUUUAUUUUUUUGAUACCGUUCGAUAGAAGGAGGUGAAGGUAGAUUUCCCAGCCAUGGCGGAAAGAUAUCAUUAGAAAUUUACCUUUUAUUUUUGCAAAAUUCAAAGAAAAUAAAUAACAGUUCUACUUGUUAUUUAAUUUUACUCUCGUUGUCGCAACACAGCACAGUUUACAAAUGACGUGUUUCGGUCUCGACCGUUGUGGCAUUCUGGGGAAAAAGAGACAAUCUUGUUCUGUGGAUCACCAAGACUCGAAAGAAUAUCUUGGCCCCCUUUGUUGUCGUUUUCUGCUCUAUCCUUGUCCUACGUUAGCAUGUAAAAGCUCCUCGCGAAACUCGUGUAGCUUCCAUGUAAAGAACCCCCAACAACUGCCAGUUACCAUGAACCCCACCAAAGCCCUAUCAAGAGCACCGACGACGCCGUUUUUCCUCAAAGCUAAAAAAUUGGGGCCAAAUGUCAGGUGGGCCGUUCAAUUUCGUCCCAAAUUUGUGAAUUUCCGGCCAACAGCGUCGGGAGGCGACCAUCUUCCGGCAAAUCCUGCCUCAGUGACUACUGUUGCGUCAGAUGUUAAUUCUGUGGGUCUCUCUCACGAACCUAAGGAAGCGAAGGUGGAGAAGGUUGAAGUCUAUAUUGAAAAGUUAAUCUAUGGGUGUCGUUUUUUUGCCAUUCUUGCGGUUUGGGGAUCACUGGUUGGGUCGUUUCUUUGUUUCGUUAAGGGUUGUGUAUAUGUUGUAUCGUCAUUUCAAGGUUAUUUUGUGGACCGAGGGAAAACGAUUGCAUCACUUGUUGAGGCCACUGAUGUCUACAUACUUGGAACUGUGAUGUUGGUCUUUGGCAUGGGCCUUUAUGAGCUGUUUAUCAGUAAUCUCGAUAAAUCAAAAUCCAUGUCGGAUGGAAGAAUUACUUACAGAUCAAGUUUGUUCGGUUUGUUCACUCUCAAGGUAUCUCUGAGUAUCUCUGGUACUGCCGUCAUAUUUCAUCUCCUUGCUUAUGUAUUGUAUUUGACAUAUGGCCAAAAAACUUAGCCAUUUGAAAUUUGUCCUUAUGGAAUCAAUUACACACGGAUUUCAUCUUCUUGGUUAUGUUAUUUGACAUUUGACCAAAAAACUUAUGUUAAAUCUUUAUAAAAUUUCAUAUUUAUUGUAUAACAUGUGACAGAAAACUGAAAAUUUUGUAAGCAAUUAUAGCAAUCUGCAAAAUCCACAUUUAGCUGACAAGAAAUGUCAAUCAUUGUAUUCAUUUAUUUAUUUAAUUUUUUCUCUUUCUCUUCUAGUUUGAUUUUCUGCCUUCUUACUAAAAUUACUCAGGAACGACCUCGAUGGCUGGAAAUAAAAACCGUGAACGAGCUGAAAACGAAACUCGGUCAUGUUAUAGUGAUGCUUCUGCUUAUUGGGUUGUUUGACAAGAGCAAAAAAACCACCAUACAAUCGCCUUUUGAUCUUCUUCGUUUCUCUGCAUCUGUCCUCCUCUCGUCCGGUUGCCUUUUCCUGCUGUCGAAGCUAAAUGAAUAAAAUAAAAAUCAGAUAUGUAAAUAGUCUCUGUAUGUACCUUCUAUAGAAAGUUAUCCUAGAGUUAGCUACUCUUUUAUGUUACUCUUGUAUUUGAUUGUUCAUCUAAUUGCCUGAGAUAUUAACAUAUUUAGGGUUAUGUAACCUUAUAUCAACACCUGACUCGUUCCUCGGUUGAGGGAGUCGAAUUUUUCAUUAGAUGUUAGAAUUUUACUAUGUUCGUCCAAUAAUACUUCAUGCAUUGUGUGAGAAUGUUUUCUGGCCCUAUUGAAAUUGAG